UUUAGCCAGAGGGAGACCCUCAGAUCUGAAAAUUGACCAGGCCUUGCUGCUGGUUCACAAUGAGCUGAUCGACGAGAACUUGACAGUCUCCUGGCUUUCUGAUUAUUGUUACCAGUGUGUGUAUCAGGGCCUGGUAUCCGUUCCAGUGAGCAGCACGUCGGGAAAGCCCAGCAUAGCAGCAGUUGCAGUGGACUCUCAGCAUCCAGUCACCCUCCAGCUCAAUGGCACUUUGGGAGGCAAAGAGCUUUCCAGGAUCCAUUAUCAUUUUGGAGAAUUUGGAAACUAUUCUCUUGUGGUAAAGAACUCCAGUCGCAGCACCAAGGAGAUUUCCUGUGACAUAAUCAUCAAUGAAAGCCCUGUCAACAGCCAUCUCCCUAUCCUGUAUGCAUUCCUCAUUUAUAUGGGGCUCCUCGGUAUCGUCACCCUGGGACGUGUCUUUGUGAUCAUUGAUCCCAUCAGGAACUGGUUUUACAAGAAAUUGAACCCUGAAGACACUGAUCGUCUCAUUAAUUCUGAGCUUGGAUCCCCGACCAAAGCAGAUUCCACCAGCAGCAAUGUCCCAGCAACUACGUGGACUGUCUCCCAGCGGCGGCUGCGCUCCCUUGACACGUUCCGCGGGCUCUCUCUCAUAAUUAUGGUGUUUGUUAAUUAUGGAGGAGGAAAAUACUGGUUCUUCAAACAUCAGAGUUGGAAUGGCUUAACGCUAGCAGAUCUCGUGUUUCCAUGGUUUGUGUUUAUCAUGGGCACCUCCAUCUCGCUGUCUCUGAGCUCCAUGCUGAGGAGGGGUGGUUCGAAGUGGAAAGUGUUGGGAAAAGUUCUCUGGAGGAGUUUUUUGCUGUUUCUAAUAGGCAUCAUAGUCAUCAAUCCCAAUUACUGUCUGGGACCGUUGUCCUGGGGGAAUCUGCGCAUUCCAGGUGUACUUCAGAGAUUGGGAUUUACCUACCUUGUGGUUGCCGUCUUAGAGCUCCUGUUCGCUAAAGCUCUGGCUGAGAGUGAUACGUUGCAGGAGAGCCCCUAUUCUGCCCUGCAGGAUAUCCUGCUCUAUUGGCCACAGUGGGUUUUCAUUCUGACACUGGAAGCGACUUGGCUGGGUUUGACCUUCCUGUUAACUGUACCUGGCUGCCCUAAGGGUUACCUUGGCCCUGGUGGCAUUGGGGAUUUUGGAAAAUAUCCUAAUUGCACCGGAGGAGCAGCCGGUUACAUUGAUCACUUGCUCCUGGGAGAGAAGCACAUUUACCAACACCCGUCAUCCAGUGUGCUCUACCAAACAACAGUGGCCUAUGAUCCUGAGGGCAUCUUGGGAACAAUAAACUCAAUUUGCAUGGCAUUUUUGGGACUUCAGGCAGGAAAAAUAUUGUUGUUUUACAAAGACCAGCACAAGCAGAUAAUGAGCAGGUUUUUUAUAUGGAGCAUAGUCCUGGGGAUUAUUUCUGCUAUCUUGACCAAAUGCUCUAAAGAUGAAGGGUUUAUUCCUGUAAAUAAGAAUCUGUGGUCGGUCUCCUAUGUGACAACCCUGAGCUGCUUUGCCUUCAUGCUUUUAUUGCUGAUAUACUACCUUGUGGAUGUCAGAAGAUGGUGGUCGGGUGCUCCAUUUUUCUACCCAGGAAUGAACUCAAUCCUGGUCUACGUUGGGCAUGAAGUAUUUGAGGACUAUUUUCCUUUUAAGUGGAAGAUGAAGGAUAGUCAAUCCCACGGGGAGCACUUAGCUCAGAACCUGCUUGCAACAUCCAUCUGGGUCAUCAUAUCGUAUUUACUCUAUCGGAAAAGAAUAUUCUGGAAAAUCUAAUUGCGUUCCUGAAGGUCUCUUCUGGGAGAUAAGGUGUUGAAGUUGGACUUCCCAGGGAUCACGCCAUUUCUGCUGGGAUUUCAUUACUAAAAGGGAUCACGUGUGCACUAAUUAUUUCCAGGGAAACCAGGCUGAGACUUUCUGGUGCUUAAGGGACUGCAUCUUACUAUUUAGCCAAAGCACUGUAACUUGCCUGAGCUGUGUUGUUUGCCUGUCUCUGCAUAUUAUAUUUUGGUGCACAAAGCGCUGCUAAUCUACCUACAAUAGACAGACAGACUGCAUAGCCCUUCAACUCUGGACAAUUUUAAGACAGUUCCAAUAAGCUGAAGUGCCUUUCCUAAAGGGAACUGAUACAGGUGCUCUGCCUUAUGGUUGUAUGUCGGACCCAGCAUUUCAAGCCAUUACAGACUGACUUGCUAUGGAUCUUGUAGAUGGCACCAGACCAAUGGCAUAGUUUUAUCCAUAAUAACUAGAUUUACUUCGAGGGCUUGAGCCUUCUUCCAAAGCAACAGUAGCGAGGGCUCCACUCGAGGUAGGGCCCUUCAGUUGCAGUUUUUAUUUUGUCCUGGGAAUUUCAGUGUUUGUUUACAACAAACAGGUGAAAUCUGUGCAAAAAACUUCAUUUUUUCUGGGAAAAUAUCAGAUUUAUUUGGGUGGAUGGAAAGACGGGAAAAAGUAUGCUUUUGAAUUCUAUUCAUCAAUGUGGCUUACUACAGAACUCAAAACACAGUGCCACCUUGGAUUUGUGAGAGUCUCUCAAGUCCCUACAUAAAACUUUUCAUUUGAAUAAUUUUUCUAUUGUAGAUUUAGAACGAUCAGUCUAUAACUAUUUACAUUUAAUAACUGGACUACAUUUGCAGCACAAACAAAAACAUGAAGUUGAGCAACUUUUGAACAUAUAUCCCUGUGUUCUGAUCAUUUUCUUCCUAUUUUAGUGGGCCAAGUUUUUAAACCAUUAUUUGCUAACAGCUUGAAAUAUGUAUGUGGCAGAUAUGAGAUUCACUGUGUGUGUGUUCAAAUGCUCCUGCAAUUCAGAGCUUGUGUACGUGCCUGUUUGUUCAUUAGGUGUGUCUUCUAGACUAUUACAUUGCCUUACUUCAACAGGCAGCUUUGCCUAUACAUACAGGCUAAUAAUGUAUUCGUGUAGUA